CCAGCCCUUCGCCCAGAUUUGCAGCUCUACAAUCGUGCCAAGCGCACUGUAGCCAUCGUGGAUCUCGCCAUCACCUACGAAGACCAUCGUAACGACUCUCCUGGCAGCUCGUCCCUCGCUCGCAUUGCAGACCAGAAACGCAAGAAAUAUUCCAGUGUGAGGAGGCAUCUCGAGCGGCAAGGUUGGUCAGUUCAACUAUCUGCACUCGUAUAUGGAGUACUUGGGUCUGUGGCGCAGGGCAAUCACAAGGUACUGACUACGGAGCUCGGGCUCCUUAAAAGAGACGCUAAACGCCUUGAUCGGCAAAUUUCAGCAGCGCAGCACAGGCAGCGACAGCACACAAGGAAACGGGGUGGUCGAGCGACGGAGAUCGGGGGGUCCCCGUCA